UCGCUACCUCGCUCGCUCUCGGCGGCCGCUCUCGCUGUGGUUGCGGCUGGGGCUGGGGGCGGCGGCGGCGGCGCGAGCGGCGGGCGGCGCGGGGCGGUCCGGCGGGUUCAAAGAGGAAAACAUGGCGGAAAACAAAGGCGGCGGUGAGGCAGAGAGCGGCGGCGGGGGCAGCGGCAGCGCGCCGGUAACCGCCGGGGCCGCCGCGGGCCCGGCGCAGGAGGCGGAGCCGCCUCUCGCCGCGGUGCUGGUGGAGGAGGAGGAGGAGGAAGGCGGCAGGACUGGCGCGGAGGGCGGUGCGGCUGGGCCCGACGACGGGGGGGUGACCGCGGCCUCCUCCAGCUCGGCUCCGGCCGCCUCGGCUCCCGCGGCCUCUGUGGGCUCCACGGCUCCCGGGGGCACGGCAUCGACGCCGGCCCCAGCUGCAGCGUCGGCUCCGGCCCCGGGUCCCUCGUCGGGGCCGCCGCUCGGGCCACCAGCCUCGCUUCUGGACACCUGCGCCGUGUGUCAGCAGAGCUUGCAGAGCCGGCGUGAGGCGGAGCCCAAGCUGCUCCCCUGCUUGCACUCCUUCUGCCUGCGCUGCCUGCCCGAGCCCGAGCGCCAGCUCAGCGUGCCCAUCCCCGGGGGCACCAACGGCGACGUCCAGCAAGUUGGUGUAAUACGGUGUCCAGUAUGUCGUCAAGAAUGCAGACAGAUAGAUCUUGUGGAUAAUUAUUUUGUGAAAGACACAUCUGAAGCUCCUAGCAGUUCUGAUGAGAAGUCAGAACAGGUCUGUACAAGUUGUGAAGACAAUGCAAGCGCAGUUGGUUUUUGUGUAGAAUGUGGAGAGUGGCUAUGUAAGACAUGCAUUGAAGCACAUCAGAGAGUAAAAUUCACUAAAGAUCAUCUAAUCAGGAAAAAAGAAGAUGUUUCAGAGGCUGUUGGAGCAUCUGGUCAGCGCCCUGUGUUUUGUCCUGUACAUAAACAAGAACAGUUGAAAUUGUUCUGUGAAACAUGUGAUAGACUGACAUGUAGAGACUGUCAGCUGUUGGAGCACAAAGAACAUAGGUAUCAGUUUUUGGAAGAAGCGUUUCAAAAUCAGAAAGGUGCAAUUGAAAAUCUGUUGGCUAAGCUUCUUGAAAAGAAGAAUUACGUUCAUUUUGCAGCUACACAAGUUCAAAAUAGGAUCAAAGAAGUAAAUGAGACUAAUAAACGAGUAGAACAAGAAAUUAAAGUGGCCAUUUUCACCCUUAUCAAUGAAAUUAAUAAGAAAGGAAAAUCUCUCUUACAGCAGCUAGAGAAUGUUACAAAAGAAAGACAAAUGAAGCUACUCCAGCAGCAGAAUGAUAUCACAGGCCUUUCCCGGCAGGUGAAGCAUGUUAUGAACUUUACAAACUGGGCCAUUGCAAGUGGCAGCAGCACGGCACUACUGUACAGCAAACGGCUGAUUACUUUUCAGUUACGUCAUAUUUUGAAAGCACGAUGUGAUCCUGUUCCUGCUGCCAAUGGAGCAAUUCGUUUCCAUUGUGAUCCUACCUUCUGGGCCAAAAAUGUAGUCAAUUUAGGUAAUCUAGUAAUAGAGAGUAAGCCAGCUCCUGGUUAUACUCCUAAUGUUGUAGUUGGGCAAGUUCCUCCAGGUACAAACCACAUUAGUAAAACCCCAGGACAGAUUAAUUUAGCACAGCUUCGACUCCAGCACAUGCAGCAACAAGUGUAUGCACAAAAACAUCAACAGUUACAACAGAUGAGAAUGCAGCAACCGCCAGCUCCUGUACCAACAACAACAGCAACAACACAACAGCAUCCUCGGCAAACAGCCCCACAGAUGUUACAACAACAGCCUCCAAGAUUGAUCAGUGUGCAAACAAUGCAAAGAGGCAACAUGAACUGUGGAGCAUUUCAAGCCCAUCAAAUGAGACUGGCUCAGAAUGCUGCCAGAAUACCAGGGAUACCAAGGCACAGCGGCCCUCAGUAUUCCAUGAUGCAGCCUCACCUCCAAAGACAACACUCAAACCCAGGGCAUGCUGGACCCUUUCCUGUUGUAUCAGCACACAACCCAAUCAAUCCAACAAGCCCCACUACAGCAACUAUGGCAAAUGCAAAUCGAGGUCCCACCAGCCCAUCUGUUACAGCAAUAGAACUAAUUCCCUCAGUCACCAAUCCAGAAAACCUUCCAUCAUUGCCAGAUAUUCCACCUAUACAGUUGGAAGAUGCUGGCUCAAGUAGUUUAGAUAAUCUACUGAGUAGAUAUAUCUCAGGCAGUCAUCUACCCCCACAGCCUACAAGUACCAUGAAUCCUUCCCCAGGACCCUCUGCUUUAUCACCCGGAUCUUCAGGCUUACCCAAUUCUCACACACCCGUGAGACCUCCUAGUACAUCUAGCACCGGCAGUCGAGGCAGCUGUGGAUCUUCAGGAAGAACUGCUGAGAAAAGUCAUAGUUUCAAAUCUGAUCAGGUGAAGGUCAAGCAAGAACCUGGGACUGAAGAAGAGAUCUGCAGCUUUUCAGGAGCUGUGAAACAAGAGAAGACAGAGGAUGGCAGAAGGAGUGCCUGUAUGUUGAGCAGUCCUGAGAGUAGUUUGACACCACCUCUUUCAACUAACCUCCAUCUAGAGAGUGAGCUGGAUACAUUAGCAGGCCUGGAGAACCACGUGAAAACAGAACCUACAGAUACGAAUGAAAGCUGCAGACAGUCAGGACUCAGUAGCCUGGUCAAUGGGAAGUCUCCAGUGCGAAACCUCAUGCACAGGUCGGCAAGGAUUGGAGGAGAUGGCACUAGCAAAGAUGAUGACCCGAAUGAAGACUGGUGCGCGGUCUGCCAGAAUGGAGGGGAUCUGUUAUGCUGUGAAAAAUGUCCGAAGGUCUUUCAUCUUACUUGUCAUGUUCCAACGCUUCUCAGCUUUCCAAGUGGGGACUGGAUAUGCACAUUUUGCAGAGAUAUUGGGAAGCCAGAAGUUGAAUACGAUUGUGAUAAUAUGCAACACAGUAAGAAGGGGAAAACGGCACAGGGCUUAAGCCCUGUGGACCAAAGGAAAUGUGAACGUCUCCUACUUUACCUCUACUGUCAUGAAUUAAGUAUUGAAUUCCAGGAGCCUGUUCCUGUUUCGAUACCAAACUACUAUAAAAUUAUAAAGAAACCAAUGGAUUUAUCGACGGUGAAAAAGAAGCUUCAGAAAAAACAUUCCCAGCACUACCAAAUCCCAGAUGAUUUUGUGGCUGAUGUCCGUUUGAUCUUCAAGAACUGUGCAAGGUUUAAUGAAAUGAUGAAAGUUGUUCAAGUUUAUGCAGACACACAAGAGAUUAAUUUGAAGGCUGAUUCAGAAGUAGCUCAGGCAGGGAAAGCAGUUGCGUUGUACUUUGAAGAUAAACUCUCAGAGAUCUACUCAGACAGGACCUUCGCUCCUUUGCCAGAGUUUGAGCAGGAAGAGGAUGAUGGUGAAGUAACGGAAGACUCUGAUGAAGACUUUAUACAACCUCGCAGAAAACGCCUAAAGUCAGAUGAGAGACCGGUGCAUAUAAAAUAAAAUGACGUGGACUUAAAUCAGUUGUUUUUUAAAAAAAAAGGAAAGAAAUAACAGAAGAAGGAAACAAAACAAAACGCCCUUUUAUUUAAGUGUUACUGGAAUAUCCUGUGUACAGUGGGUACCUCCUUAAAGAAGCUGGUAGCUUUCAUACAGUAUUAGAUUGAAAUAAUGGACACAGAAAACAUUCUUGUCAAGAAGUGGGGAGAGAGCUCUGCAACUUUUAAGUAAGAGCAAAUUCAGACAUGAAAGAGUUUGACGAUUUGUUACAAAUGAAGAUGGUUCUCUGACUGUUAGAAACUUAAAUGAUCAUGUGUGUUAAUUGGUGCAGGAUGCUGCGUCAGGCGAGGCUCAUGUUGCAUCAUUGUGUCUCUGCUAGAGCACACAGUUACUCAAACAACUUAUAAGUCUCUUCCUACACAGACACAAAUGGGUUGUUUUCUGGUUAAAAAUCGAGUAGAUCAUAUUCCACUUGAAUGUCACUAAAGAUGCAUUGAAUCAUGCCACUGUAUUUUUUCUCAUUUUGAUCUAUUGGGCCUUAGUUUUUAAAUUGGUUUAAAGAACUCAAAUGUAGUUUUAUUUUCUACUUAGAUAUAGGGUCAAGGAACAUAACUAUUGAUAUCUGAUAGUCAGCUUCAGUGGUGUUCUGAAAUGAAUAUGGUAACUUCAGUAGUGGAUCAUACAGAUUUUAUGGAAGUCAUUUCCAGAAAACCCUUCUAAACAAUUACACAUACUGGUCAGAUCAUCUGAUCAUGCGGUUAGUUAUUCCCUCAAAAGGCAGAACAUUUAUUUCAAAAUUUUCUGUACAUGUAAAUUAGAUUGAGAAGGUGACAACUGACUCUCACCCAGUCUUUCUUUGUACCAGUUUCCAGUAGACCACUAUUGGUAAACAGAAAUCUGUCAGCUACCAAAUGUGUACAAUUUUCUGUAUUUCACUUUGUCUUAUUUGUAAAUAGUGAGCUCAGACUUCUGGCAGAUCAGCAACAUUUGCUGAGCCUGUUUUUUAAGCUAAUGUGUAUUCUUACUAAUGUUCCUAUCAAGAAUGGAUUUGUAAUAUAUGCUGUCUAUUUCUAAUGUUCACAUUCAUAUUUUGAGGUUCUAUCUUAUUUUAAUAGAGAACAGACUUCUCAAAAAAUCUUCAGAAGCAGCUUAUUAUUGAAAUAUCAAAAUAUUGAAAUAAACCCGGUGGGGUUAGAUUACUCAUCUGUCCACCAAGUGGGACAUGUGCAUGGACUGGGGGCUUUAAAUGACUUAGAAGAUACUUGUAAGUAAAUCCUGAGAACGAGCCAAUCCCCAUGUGAAUGGUAGUUGGAGUGCACCCACCUUUGUUUACUGCCUGAUGACAGGAGUAAUACCUGAAGCAGAUAGACCAACUCGAUCUGGUUUAUUUUCUCCUCUUCGUUGUGAUGCUCAAAUCAAGUGUGCUCUAGACUGUGUGCGCAUCUCCGUUGGAUUAAACGUUGUAGUCCUACUUCUGUAUGGACACAGUAGAAUUACAAAGUGACCAAAGUAGAAUCAACAUCAGAAGCGCUUCAGGUGUCAGCAGAUGUGUGGCAAAUCACUUGCCUCUUAAAAAAAUCAGUUUAAGCAGUUCAGACUGUAGAUGUACUCAGAAAACUAUUUGACUUAAUUGUCGAAGAAGUGAAUAUUUUUAGUGUGCAUUGAAUCAAAUAAAGUGCUCUAAAGAAAUUAUUAUACAGAUUCCUUUGGGUUUUUCUUUUCUUAACAAGGGAUGUGGGUAAAGAGGAGUAUGAUUUAGGCCUUCUUAUACUGCGCUUAAACAAUAUUGAUCACACCACUGGCUUCAUCCCUUGGCUUCUUUCUAGCUUUUCUUUCCUUAUAAAUUAAGGUUCAUUUAAAAAAAAUGCUCCAGACUGAUUUAUUAUUUUAUUGAAGUUUCAAGUUGGUUUUUUUUUUUAUGAAGGGACGAAAAUUUAUUUUAAGAUGUUUUAUUUAUACCUAUUUUUCUCUUUUCUUUGAUAUCCAUGAUUCUGAUUUGCAAGUAGAUGUAUAUCUAAGGGCAUAUUUUUGGCAAGUGGGAGAAUAGGGGCCUAACUUAAUUUUGUGAUGCUUCUGAGCCAGUGUUUUGUAUUUGUUUUUCAUAUUAAUUCUUUACAAAAUUCUUAGUAAUGUUAUAAAUAAGCUCUGCCAAGUGGGCGCAGAUUUUAAGCAAAUGUUCCUCACUAAAGCCAUUCUCGUGUUACAUGGGAGUUUUGUUUUCUCUUUGCUUGUUUUAAUUCAAGACCAUCCAUUUAGAAGCUUCCAUUUCUGUUAGCAGAGAUACCCCUACUGCUGAGGAAUUAAUUUGUUAUCAACAAGCCACUCUUAAGUGAUAUUCACACUAACUUUCAUAAAGCGCUUCUGCACACUAAUCAUUGUGUUUCCAGGCUGUUUAGCUUUAACAUAUGUAUGGUUUAAAAGUAUAAAAAACUUAAAUUCUUACUCAAAUUAUCUCAUAUUUCCCUGUAUAUAUAUAAUUUUUUUUUUUUUUUUUUGAUUUUCGAGACAGGGUUUCUCCGUCGUUUUUGGUUCCUGUCCUGGAACUAGCUCUUGUAGACCAGGCUGGCCUCGAACUCACAGAGAUCCGCCUGCUUCUGCCUCCCGAGUGCUGGGAUUAAAGGCGUGCGCCACCACCGCCCGGCCCCUGUUUAUAUUUUUAAAAGACAAAUGUAGAGCGUCUUUUAAGUCCUAGGUGCAGAUGCAAUAACUGUAUUUUUUGAUAGAGCCUCUGUCUCAGAUAUGGAAAAGAGUUCACACGUUGAUUCCUUUAAAUCCUUCAAAGCUCUUGAUGAAUUUAGGUUUACUUUUCCCAUGAGAGAACUAAGCAUAAGUGUUUCUCAACCCCGUUGUACUGGCCUUAACUUACCUGUCUCAGCACUAACUCUCCACUGCUUAGCUGAACGAAGGAAAUGCUUUAUCAGGGUGGUGUGCGAGGGCUCUAGAGUCUGGUCAGAUUAUCAACCUUGCUCUGAACAAACUGUUACCAUGGAGCUAUGCUAAAACAUUAGCUCACCUGCUGAAAUUGCCCUCUUUGGAAUCAACAGGUUGUGAGUUUUUGUUGUCUCCCCCCCCCACACACUUUUGUUUCUUACUCGGAAUUUUUAGGUUAUUAAAAAGUCAGUUCUCAUUCUUUGUUAUAAUAGGUUUUGGAAUUUUUUAGUUAAUCCAAAGACAUAAUGCUUUAAAGUGUGCAAAUUACAGAUUUAUCGAUUACCUCAGCAGGUAUCCUGCCAUGUAAUUAUUAAACCAACAGAUUCAGAGGUCUUCCGACUAUGCCCUUGGCUUGUGGUUUACCACGAUGUAAUUAAACAGUUUGCUCUAUCCAAAAUGGGGAGUAGAUGCUGUAGGCCUUCCCCCUUAGCCUUUACAUCUGGUACCCAGCCUCAUUCACAUAUAGUGCAUUAGGUACAAAAAUUCAUUUCUUGUAGCCAGAAUUAAGUUGAAUCAUUAAGUACUUUAAUAAAAAUGUAAAAAAAUAAACACGCUAAGUCCCUGAAUUAAAACAGCUUCUUUGGCUGGAGAGAUGGUUGGUAAGUAGAAAAUACUUGUUCCCCAAGUAUGAGGUUCUGGGUUUGCAUCCACAGUUUGUGGCCACAGUAGUGUGCACCUGGAAGCCCAGUGCCGCUACAGCAAGUGGGAGGUGGAAGGUGAGGACUAAUACCUGGAGCUGUCCUGACUGCCACACACACCCUACACACCUCCACAUAUACCCUCAUACACAACCUGCGAGCUUACACACCUCCCGCACGCAUGUACCCUAGGGUGUGCCCUCACACAACAUGAGCGUAUACACCUCCACACAUGUCCUCACACACAGUAGUCAAGCAUACACACCCUAUUUGCCUCUACCAAUUAUCUGCUGAAGGUGAUUAAGAGUUUCAAGAUGUAUUGCAGUUGGAUUGUACACCUGACCUGGAUUAACUUACUUCUUCCAGUUAAUGCUUCCUUGAUAAAGCAAUAACGCUGCUUUGAGUCUGUUGCCUAAUAGCAUGUCAUAACCCUCCCCUGGAUGGUGAUUUUAUAGGAAAGUUUGUAUGCAUAUCACCCAAUCUAUCUUUUAAAAAAAUUAAGAAAUUUAAAUGUAUGCUGGAAGUAAUGACAAUAUAUUGUGGCAUUUUAUUUUAAAAAAUUGGGGAAAGUUGCAUAUUUUUUUAAAAGUAGCUGUUUGAGUAAAAAAAAUUGAUGGUACUUUUUUAAGGAAAAAAAUUUAUAUGCCACAGUUUACAUAGACAUUUCCAAUGUCAGCAUUUACUCUUGGGUAUAACAGCUUCUUUACUGGCUAAAUGCAUGGUUUACUUGGUCAGAAGUGUAUCUCUCCCAUCUUAGUUACUUCUGUUUCCUUACAUGACCCUUUAUAUAUUUUUAUUGUAAGUAAAUUAUCUUCAAAAGUAAGUUGGGUAUAUUUGUUAAAACUACAGAAUGUAUAGUCGAGGUUCUCCCUUUUCUAGUGUUAUUUAAAAACUGAAAACGAUACUGUGUGACAUUGAACAGAUCCCAAUGGAGGCACCAGAACGAUCUUGGAGUGCCACAAUACUCCCUUCAGUUGUGGCCUAAAUUUCAUUCGUAAGAAUGAAAUGCAUGUCUACUCCUGACCUGAGAAAUGUAGGCGUUUACUAUGUUUUAGAGCAGUGAAACAUGGAUGUAAGCCUAUAACACAAGGUGUGUGCAGUUGGAAAGCCUGCACACACAAAAGGAUUCAAGUCACAGCCUUACUAGUUCCUUCCAGUAUUUGAACUGGUCCUCCCCUCAUUACUACUAUUUUUGCACAUAGUUAACUAUCCUUCAGAAUGAUUCUUAAAAAGUGCUGUUUCUGUGGUAUUGUAUUCUCUAAAUGGUCAUAUUUAAUUUUUUAAACAAGGUUACAAUUUCUUAUUGUUCUGUUCCUGUGUUUUUGCUGCCGUGUAAUAAAAGCAAGUUUUUUUCUUUUCGUGGUUAUUUAAUACAUUAGCUGCUUGUAAAUAAUUCUUGUUACAAUGCUCUGGAAUGUGUUGUAGAAGUUGUAUUAGAUUAGUUUGAAGCCUUGUUUAAAAACCACAUUGUUUUGGUUAUUUCUAUUAAAUUAGAAAAUUGCAAAAGUU